UCCGGCGACCGUGUGGGAGGGAUAUCCGGCGCGUGUUGUGUGGGUCACGUGGUGGCGCAGCACUGACAGUCUCCUCCUACGUCUCCCGCCAUGAUGUCUGACCGGCUGCUUUCCUCUAUCUCUCCCCCCGGGCACGGGGUGCGGCGGCUGCAGCCUGGGACUGAGGCGUUGCUGAGCGGCCAGCGGCUGGGGACAGGCACCCUCUACAUCAGCGACAGCCAGUUGUCCUGGAUCAAUAGUUCUGGCCUCGGCUUUUCCUUGGAAUACCCCUCGAUCAGUCUGCAUGCCAUUUCCAGAGACACCACAGCCUUUCCUGAGGAGCAUCUCUAUGUCAUGGUGAACUCCAGGCUGGGAGGUAUGAUAGAAAAUAAUGGAAAAGAAGCAAAGAUGAAAGCAGAGGGAGAAGAGGAGAGUAGCGAUGAUGAUGAUGAUGACGAGGAGCCAAUCACAGAAAUUCGCUUUGUUCCUGAAGAUAAAUCAGAUUUAGGAGAGAUGUUCACUGCGAUGUGCGAGUGUCAGGCCCUGCACCCCGACAUUGAGGACGAGGACUCAGACGACGACUUUGAAGGAGAGGAGUAUGACGUGGAGGCACACGAACGAGGGCAAGGAGACGUCCCCAGCUUCUACACGUAUGAGGAGGGCUUAUCACGGCUCACCUCCGAAGGGCAGGCGACUCUGGAGAGGUUAGAGGGCAUGUUAGCCAACUCUAUUACUAACCAGCACACUAUGGCCGGAGUGCGGACUGAAGACUCCGCUCUGGAAUAUGAAGAUGGCAUGGAUGUGGAAGCUGUACCCGCUGUGUCCGGGCAGUUUGAGGAUGCAGAUGUUGAUCACUGAUGUCUGAUCGAAACCAGUGCAGCCGUUAACACUGACGCGUGUUAGUCCCAGCAAGUGUGACUCUUCCGGUAUCCUAUUUACUUUAGACUUGUUUUGCUUACCCAAACCAUUCCUGCUACUCAUUCCAAGGAGAAUUGUGCGUCGUGGAAACGGCCUGGGAGAAAGUAACUUUCUUUUUUAAAGCCCGGCUAAGAACUGUUCUAACGGCUGCCAUUUAUAGGCGACCAUAUACUGGUGCGGUAUUAAUUCUUUGGCGAUAUACAUCCCUGUGGGGACUACUCAUCCGAUUAGAAGUUCUAGAUUAUGCUAGAAUGUUCUGUUUACAGUAUCAUUGCUUCACUUGUUGCAAUAGGUUAUCUAGUUUUAUUUAGCCAAACAUCAAACUCUUAUUGUCUUGGAGCAUCUACAGUAAACAACAAUACUGUUAGUUGUGUGUUUAAUAGGGUAAUAAUAUGGAUUUGGGAACCUCCGGCACUUCAUAGUAGAACUGGACAAUAUUUGUAUAAGCUCCUGUUUGUUUAAUAAAAUCUAGGUUUUUGUAUCUUA